AUGAGCAGAGCGGAAGUUUGGUGUGUUGUUCCGGCAAGUGACAGAAUCCCUCAGCUCGCUUCGCCUCCAAUCAUGGAGCAAUGUUGGCAUCUGUGAUCAGUAGUUGACAUUACUGACCAAACAAUCAUUUGUUUCUCCCGGGACUACGUUUUUUAUCUGGGCCUAACUGGAUUACCAGCCUUUAAUGAUCUGCAUGGAGCCGUGCUCGACAGUGUGGAUGUAUCAGGCGCGCGAGUGUAUUUUUGUGCUGAUAUGCUAAGGAUGGACAACACACCGUAAUGAGCCGACCAAUUUGCGCUGAAACUACCCAGGAAGGUCAAGGCGUUGUGAACGGGCCGAAGAGUAUCAGGCCGUCUGUACCAAUCUGGCGCCCUGAGAGCCUUGAUGCACGAAAUCGAACUCAAGACACCCCGAGAAUUAAGAGGAUACCCAUCACCCAGAUCUGUGCCGCUGGGCUCCACUCUCACACUUUCUGAUAGAAACCCUCACCUCGCAUGAUGAAUACUGUGAGAAGUGGUGCGGUUACCUGGCGACCACAGCCAUGGCAGGAUGCAGAUAGAGGUGGUGGAGAGCCUCUCUCGGAUAGCGACUCGGAGGAAGAGGAUUUUCCUGAUGACUACUCGACUCCUUUGGGGGAAUAUGUAACUCAGGGGUUAAAACAGCUGCUUGAUGCUCAGCAGUUGUGUGAUGUCACUCUUGUGGUGGAGGGGAAAAAGUUUAUGUGUCACAGAGUUCUUUUAGCAGCAGUCAGUCCGUAUUUCCGUGCCAUGUUUACCAGCCCUCUCGUAGAGUCCCGACUAACUGAGAUCCGACUUGAAGAGGUGACUCCUUCUGUUAUGGAGACAGUUAUCCAUUUUGUGUAUACGGGAGAAGCAGGUCUUAGUCUUGACACGGCAGAAGACUUGUUUGUAGCCGCCAAUCGUCUUCAAGUGAUGCCCUUGCAGGACCUUUGCUCUAGAUUCCUUUUUGAACACCUGUCUGUGGAGAAUUGCCUGGGCAUGUACUCUCUGGCUCGUUCACAUCAUGACCAGCUGCUUCUUCGAGCUUCUUUGAGACUGGUGGGCCAGCAUUUCCCUCGAGUGGCCCGGCAGCGGGAUUUCCUCCUGUUGGACCCGGGAACUCUUGGCAGCUUGUUGGAAUCGGAUCGAUUGGGUGUGGAGUCUGAGACUGAAGUGUACGAUGCAGCGAGGCGCUGGGCAGAAUACCAGCCGGCUGAUCGUUACAGUCACAUGCCCAAUUUGUUACGCCAUUUACGCCCCGGCCUUUUCGGCCCUGAAGAGAGCCACCGAAUGAACCAAGAACUUGGACCUCGAACGAGUACCGAGGGCAUGGGGGGACCCUUGAGGCCUCGAGAAGGCAUGUUUGAGAAGAAAAUAGUCUGUGUAGACCUUAAGCCGAGGGAGGAUGAGUCUCUACAGGAAAGGGACUUCACGGUGGACUGCUUUGACCCUCGCACGGGAAAGUGGGAGAAGCUGGCAGCCUUGGGCUCGUUGCUUUGUCCCGGCUGCACUGCUGUCGGAGGCCGACUGUUUGUGGCGGGAGGCAUCCUGCGGAGUUCCGAGGUCUCCUCAGCGCUUCACGAGUACGACGUCGUGCUAAACCGUUGGAUUGUACAGCCAUUGAUGGCUGAACCGCGCGCGAUGUUGGGUCUUCUUGGCUGCGGAGGUUUUUUAUACGCUCUCGGUGGCUGUAACCGAGCAGCCUUUCUGGACACAUCUGAAAAAUUUGACCUUAACACGCUGACCUGGGCAUCAGGACCUCGUUUGCCAUUGCCGUUGCGCUCUUUUGCUUGCGCUGCCCUCCGUUGUCGUCUUUACUUGCUUGGUGGCACCACACUGGAGCAGAGCAGGGCCGUGGUGCAUGCUGGCGUGCUAAUAUACCACACGGUUACAAACACCUGGAGCCGUGUUGCCCUAGACUCUGGCGCCACCUGUCUGGCUGGAGGCGUGGCAGUGCGUGGCGGCGUUUGCGCCAUUGGUGGUUACUUGCGUGAUGCCGCCAAGUUUCUCAAUGGCAACUACACCCAAGCUGAACCACUAGAUGCCACAGGACGUGUGUUGUUCUUCCGAGAAGGAAGAGGAUCUGGAGUGGAGAGGGAGGUGGCGGUCGGAGUGGAGCGUGGGGGUGGCGGAAGCGACCGCGCACCUAGUCCGGUGGUUUUUCCUGGCCUGCCGAGGCGGAUUGCUGCUGGAGGUGUGGCUAGAUGGAAACGCAGGAUAUAUGUGUUGGGUGGUGAAAAUGGUUCGAGAUUUUAUGAUAGCGUCUACUGCUGGAAACCCGGCUGGCGAAGCUGGGUCCAAAGACGGGAGAAAUUGCCCGGGGAAACAGGAGGAGUUAGCCAGUUUGGAUGUACCACCUUGAAGUUUCCAAAAAAACACAUUUUAGCACGUCUUCGUGCUGCUCAACAGAAACGGGGAAAGGAGAAACGACCGACCCGGUCAUGCAGAGUCAUGCGGAUCGACAGGACAAGUCAGGAAGUGUGAUUUUUGUUUUUUUUUUUUUUUUUUUUUUUCACCCUCCCUCCCCCAAUGAGACACAUGGGCAUUUUGGAAACAUUUAUGCACCUACUUUUACAUCUCUACUCUCGGUUGAUGUCUAGAUGUUUUAAAAUUCAUUAUUUUAUUUCUGCAAGCUGAACGCAAGUUUUGGUUUACUAAGUAUUGACAGAAAACGUAUGUAAUGUUUGGAUAUGAUUUCAGAAUGUUUUGCUCUUGAUAAAAAUAAUAAUUCUUCACAGAUGCCCAAAUUUCAUCUUAGAAUUGGUAUCAUCGUGGAGAAAACAAUUUACACACAUGCUUAACUCAUCGAGGAACAAAAGUCAUUGAUGUUUAUUUGAAGCAGAAUUUUCGUGUUGCUUUGAGGCUGAAUGUAGUCUUACACACAUUAGAACAUAUUGCUACCAUAACAGUAGCUGUUACUACUGUAAAUCAUAGCUUAAUAUGGGAUCUCCUGUAAUCAGAGUAAGAAGCUUCAAAUCUUUCUCUUUUUUUCCGAUGCCAGUGGUUUCAAAUGACACUUAUGUUAAACUGCUGCAACUUCAUCCAGGUUUUCCAUCAACUAGCAUCCACUAUGCUCUAUCCCAAAAUUUGCAUUAAAAUGCUGGAUGGAAAAACCAUCAUGUGAAUGAAAUUUGCAUAAUGUGCUUAAUAAAUUUAUACACUUCAUUUGAGGUGGAUUUUUUUUUUGUAUUAUUAUUAUUAUUAUUAUUAUUAUUAUUAUUAUUAUUUUUGGUUAGGAAACAUGCAUAAGCUACCACGGAAAUACAUUUACUUAGAGAAGAAAAAACUUUGGUCUAGCCGGUCUGAAAUUUUAACUCGCAGAUUAUUGCUAGCACACAUGAUGUUUGUAAGAGUGUUAUAUCUGCGCACUCUAAACCACAUGUAAUUUAUUACAUUUAAUAAAGGAGCAGAUUUCCCAUUGACUACAAUUUCCAUUUCUUUUCUUUUUUUUUUUCUAUUGAAUAUAUGGUGCAAAUAGUUUUUGCACUAUGCCGUUUUGUCUAAUGCAAUCAUAGACCCCGGAUGAUAACCGCUGAUGAACAACGUUAUAUAAUUCUAAAUGAUGUGGCUAUUCAGAUUUAAUGUUGCAAACCCUACUGUAUUUUAAAUGACUUGUUAUUCCCAAAUGCAUUUACUGUCCUGAAUUCCUUGCUUAUUUGAUACAGGAAUCUCAAGAUAUCAAAUGAAAAAGAAACACUUUCUCUUUUACUGCAAUUUCUGUCUUUUGAUCUCACAUUACCGGACUAGCAUUGAACAAUAACUCAACAAAACGUGAGUCUUAACAUUAACCCGAUCCAUGUUAUAGUAUCUUGUGCGGUUUUUGUGGUGUCCACUUGAAGUCGGACAUCUCUGGAAGAGUUAAUGAUGACAUAGUGAUUGAUUUUCUGCACAUCGUUGUAACGCACUGUUCAGCUUGCCCUCAAUGAAGUGGAUCAGUAUACGUAUCUGUAGUGAUUUAAUGGCACCUUUUUCGGGUUUAGCCGGUCAUCAUCUCAUCUGAAAUGUUUUAAAGCAUAGACGCGCAAUAGAAACCAAAUGACUGCUUUUUGUACGAUCGAUUUCAUUUUGUUUUAGUUUUCUAAGUUAUUGUAAAUUUGUCUUACAGUAACAUUUUCGCAGAGACAAAGAGACUCUGUACUUUCAUCUGAUGUCAAACAGGUCUGUUUGUUUUUGAAGACCUACAGUUGUCAAAUAUUGAACAUUGUUUGAAUGGAAAGUCUGUGCUCUGGUUUGCAUUAAAUAAAUUGAACGGAAGUCGC